AUGAGUGACGAACAAGUCAAAGAAAUUAAAAAAGAGGGUACCUCUCCUAAGGUUGAGGCAAGACUUACAGAGGAGGAUAAAAAGAAGGAAGAGGAACUGAAGAUUGUGGAGGAGUAUAAACUCUGGAGGAAGAAUUGCCGGUACAUGUAUGAUUUUAUCAGUGAAACAGCGUUAACCUGGCCCUCAUUAUCAAUUCAAUGGUUACCAUCGGGAACAUUUGUUAAUAAAAUGAAAGACACAAAGUAUGGCACGACGAGGAAUCUCCUGUUAACAACUCACACAUCGGGUGAGGAUACUGAUUAUUUGAAACUUUCGUCGAUGCAAUUGCCUAAAAGCAUAUUCCCAGAUGGGAAGAAGAUGAGCCCUGAAGAGAUGCAAACGGUUAAUUCGCGUUUGAAGAUUUCAAAAAAGUACGUUCAAGAGAGUGAAAUAAAUAGAGUCAGAUAUAUGCCACAGGAUCCGCGUUGUAUUGCUACGAUAAAUGGUGAAGGAAGCUGCUUUGUUUACUCCAUGGAUGAAAAGAUGGGUCUUGAAUCAAACACAAAGCUCGUUCAUCACAAGGAGAACGGAUUUGGACUUUGCUGGAAUCCGAAAGUUAAGGGUGAACUGCUUACUUCCAGUGAUGAUCAUACGAUAGCACUAUGGAAUUAUGAAAAGCCAGAAAAAACACCAAACGAGACCGAAAUUGAAAUAAGACCAACUAAAGUCUUCAGCUAUCACAAUGAUAUAGUGAACGAUGUGAGGUGGCACAAUUUCUCUGGUAACACAUUUGGUUCCGUCUCCGAUGAUCAUAUAUUUGCAUAUAUGGAUAAGAGGGAACAGAAGCCAGCAAUUCUUUCUCGUUUAAAUGAGCAAACGUCAUUCAAUACCCUUUGCUUCUCUAAGUUCUCAAAUUAUCUUUUUGCGCUUGGAGGCGAGGAUUCAAAUGUUUACCUAUACGAUCUUCGGAAUACAAGUAGGCAGUUACACGUAAUGAUGGGUCAUCAAAAGCCCAUAACAAACGUCGAGUGGGACCCAUUCCAUGAAAAUGUUAUUGCUUCUUCAUCUACUGACAGAAGAAUAAUUCUUUGGGAUAUCAACAAGAUUGGCGAAGAACAACAACCAGAUGAAGCUGAAGAUGGUGUUCCAGAACUUAUUAUGAUGCAUGGUGGACAUACAGGAGGUGUGAACGAUUUCCAAUUUAGUAACGAAAUUCCUUGGUGUAUAGCAAGUUGCUCUGAUGAUAAUAUUGUUCAUGUCUGGAAAGUGAGUCGGAAAGUUUUAGAGGAGAAUGGCGAGAAGGGUUAUAAUAUUGUGAUUCCGGAUGAUUUGGAGUGA